CGGGCCAGCUCCUCGCCGGCCACCCGCUCCGCGCUCAGAGUCCCAGCGGCGCGGCGGACGCGGGUGCGGUUGGCCUCCGGCUUUCCGAGGUCCCCGCGGCCCGAGCACUGAGCCCCGAAGGCUCCCGCGCUCCGCGGGCUCCCGCGGCCUGAGGCCCCCGGUUUUCCCAGGCCGCCCGCCGCCGGCGGUCUCCGGCUCUCCGAGGUCUCCCGCGCUCCGAGGUCUCCCCAGCUCCGUGUCCGGCGCCCCUGGGGCUCCCGCGGCCCGGGGUCAGGCCCCACCAUGCGGCUGAGAAGUCCCUGGCUGCUCCUGCUGUUGCUCAUCGGCCUGCAAGCCGAUAUUCAAGGGAAAGAAGUUAGAGCCAUGGUGGGCAGCGACGUCGAGCUCAGCUGCAUUUACCCCAAAAAGAACAGUUUUGAUUUAAAUGACCUUCAUGUGUAUUGGCAAAUCAACGUCACUGAACAAUCGCAUAUGGGCAAGCCACACACUGCCAGUCUGAAUAAUACCACUGUGGUGACAUACUACCUUGCCCGCAAUGGCUCCGCAGGCCAUAAGGACAGCCACUACAAGGACCGGGCCCACCUGUCCCUGGACCGCAUGAAGAGGGGAGACUUCUCUCUGCAUCUGUACAACAUCACCCCCCAGGAUGAACAGAAAUUUAAUUGCCUGGUGUUUAGGGAGUUAGAAAUGAUUCUGAAAGUCGUGGUCACACUGCACGUGGCAGCAAACUACAGCAUGCCCGUGGUCAGCGCCCUGAGCAGCCCUGAGCAGGGCGAGGAGCUUGCCUUCACAUGCACAUCCACAAACGGCUACCCAAAACCAAACGUGUACUGGAUCAACAAGACGGACAACAGCCUGCUGGACACAGCCCUGCAGAACAGCACCAUCUCCCUGAAUGAGCGGGGCCUGUAUGACGUGGUCAGCAUCCUGAGGAUCAGGCGGAUCCCCAACGUGAAUGUCGGCUGCUGCAUAGAGAACGUGCUUUUGCACCAAAACCUGACUGUCAGCAGCCAGACAGAGACAGUCUCUGGAACCAAGGACAGCAUGAUGGAGAGCCAGGCCAACACCCAUGAGAAGAACAGGGCCGUGCUCAGCAUCCUUGCCCUGCUGGGUGUGGCCGUGGUCGUGGCCGUGGCUGUGGGCUGGGUGUACAGAAGCAGGUGUCCCCACAGCAGCCACACAGACAGGAUCUCUGGAGAGCAGGGGCACCUGGGAUCCCCUCAUGGUGCCUGCCUGGAGCCCUCGAGGCCACUGGGACCAUCCGAGCUGCCCUCCCCAGCCCUCGCUGCUGGCCCUGAGCAUUUCUGGUUUGUCCCAGCAGGUGCCAGGCAGCCAGGCCGGAGCAGGAACUCCCUGGUGAGUUUGCCAGGAGGGAAGGAGACCAUGUUGGAUGAGAACUCACUGCCCAGCACAUGGACAGGGCUUCUGUGAAUGACCAGGAGCAACGUUGGACAGCAGCUCAGGAACUGACCCAGGCUGGCCUGGUGGCAGGAAGGGACCAUCUGCCCCCACCUGCACCAUUAACAAGGGGGCUUCAUGGAUGCAGAGUCCCUCUGGCCUAGAGGGCCACACGCAGGCUUCCCUGGCAGGAUGAGCCAGCCAGGUGCUUUGCCGUCCCAGGGUGAGACCUUUUCCAAAGGUCAGCAGCCCUGGAGACAUGUGCCAAGCAGGUGGGCUCCCCACCUUUGCUGCCAAGUGCAGAAGACGGGGUGUCAUGCUCACUCUCCUCCUGGACAUCUGCUGGAUGGAGGUCACUCAAGGGUAUUUUCGGGAGAUGUGGGUGCAGGGCUCACUGCAACUCUGCCAUACAGGCCGCUGUCUCCACCCCACGUGCGUGUGUGUGUGUCCUAAAUGCAGGCAACAGCACUGCGGAACUCCUGAAAGGCUCCUGGUCAUCUUCCACUGGGACAUUCACUGGUAAGAAAGUCUGCCCUCGUUUGUUUUGGUCAAAAGCUAGGCUUCCCUCUUGAAAAGCACAGAUGACCUCUGCAAGAAGAAAGCCUGCCAGGGGCCCAUGCAGCAGGACAGUGGCUUCCAGGACUUGGGGCUCUGUGGCCAGAGGCACGCACUGGGGAGAGCAGAAGCUGAGCUCGCCGGGGGUGAGGAUGGUGUCCAGUGGACACCAACUUGGCUACGUGAUCACUGCAGGUCUUCAGCGCGGGCCGUUAAGUGGUGGAGAUGUGUCCUCCUGGGGCGAGGCAGCCUCCAGAACACAGCAGUAAUCCCCUCAGUGUAUGGCGGGCAGCUCCUUGCCACCCUGUGCCAGGGCCAGGGCCUCCUGCCUGGCUCCCCCCAGAAGCGGCACACCACAAGACCUCCGAUGCAGACGACAGGCUCCUCAGGGCCACCAGCCCUACAAGGGGACAGGCAGCCUGUGGCCCUGUCCUCCCCUGAUGGUUUCCAUGUUGCUGCCCUCGAUGAAUCCAGCAGUGUAAGUUCCCAGAAGGUUCUGCAAGGAGGCUGCCAGGUAACCCAGGUGUUCACACCCCAGGAAAAUGGGGCCAUUCAGCACUGGCAGGCUGGCAUGUGCAGACAAAGGGGACCAGGCUCAGACAUGAAGCUGAGCCCCACGCUUGCUACGAGAGAUCAUUCCUUUGUCGGUUGUUAUGCCAAAAGUCCUCACGUGGCUUGUAAUGGGCGUGGCCCUCACCUGCCCUGACCUCACCUGAACACCUUAGAGGGCAGGCUGCCAGAAGAGCCACCCACAAAGUCUGCUAGUGGGUGUGCAGAGCGAAAAGCUCAGAGGCCGCCUGGGCGCAGGAAGGCGGGCUGCCAUGCCGGGAAGUGACCCAGGACUGUGGCAUGUCCUGUGGGCCCUCCCUGAGCCCUGCUCAGGGCCCCACCCCACCCUGCAGGCUGCCCACUGCUUGGCCGACUGAGCUGACCCCGAGAUACUCUGCCUGGGUUCUCACCCAGGCCCCGUCCGUUUUACCUAUCAGAGCCAGUUUCCUCCCCAGGGGAGGAGGCAUGGCUGGGCGCCCGGUUCUGCCCCAUCACGCCCGGUGUGGAGGCUGGCCUGACGCCCCCUCCCACCACGUGCUUGUGGUUCUGCCUGGCCCGGGGGGCUGUGCUGUCCACGCUGGGUGCCUUGAGUGCCCAGCUCCUGGGCGGUCCCCAUCACUGCUCUCUUGGGCCUCAGGGAGACCCGUCGGUGCCCUUUGCCCUUUCAGCCUCAAUGGCUCCUGCUCCUGGCUGUGUUGUAGACGGCCGACUGCCAGUGUUUAGGUGUCUGUGUCCAGAAACCUGAUUUAAGACAAUACAAUCUGUAAGCUGUGCCGGCCUGAUGACCUUGGUCAGCAGUGGUGCUGGCGCAGGGGGGUCCUCACUGCUGCUCUGGGGACGGCCACUGCCCCAGCCAUUACCACCCUGGGGGCUCACCCCGAGGAGGCAAUGGCCAAGGUCUGGAGGCAUUUCAGUUGGCACACUUGGGGAUUGCUGCUGGCCUCUGAGGGGCAGAAGGUGGGGACACUGUGUAGCAUCCACUCACUCCCAAAGCUCAGUAGUCCCAGGGUGAGACCUGCGCCCUCAUGUCCCCAUUGCUUGGGGCUCAGGAACGCUGCCAUCAGUGGGGAGCACUGCCACUGGGGGCCGGGGGAGUGGCUGAGGUCCAGAGCAGCCAGACCACACAAGGGCAGUCUCUUGGGGUGGCAUGGCUGCACAUGGGGCUCAGAAUACCCCAAAUGAACAGACCCAUGGAGGGGACGUGAGGCAGUGAAGAUCAGGGUGAGCCCCCCUCUGUCACCAUUCCCCUGAGCCCAGAACAUGACUAGGUGGUGAUGGGAACAAAUGGCAGCUGGGCCAGGACCUGGGGGUCCCAGACAGUGGUGCAUCUGCCCCUUUGCCAGGCCAGGCUCAGGACGAGGAGAGAUCGGGGGGACACGUAGGGUGCGUGGCCUGGAUGACUCAGAGCGACGCAUUGCUCUCCUGAUUUGGAGGCCCGAGUCCAAGACCGAGAGCGUCACCAGGGCUAGCCCCUCCGGCCUCUGAGGGCGGACCCGCCGGCUUCCAGGCACCCCAGGUGGCUCUGGGGGUCGGGGCUGCAGCCCUCUGCCAUUGCAUCUGACUCUCCUCGUCCUGCAAGGACACCAGCCAUUGGGUUUAGGGCCCACCCGAACCCAAGGGACCUCCUCUGAGCUGUUUCCAUCUGCAGAGACUCUAUUUCUAAAUAAGCCAGGUAUGGCAGGUCCCGGACCUGAGUUUUGGCAGGGACGCUAUUGGACCCCUCACAGCACCCUGAGGAGGAGAGAGGAAGCCGGGGGACAUGGAGGCAGGAGGGGCUGAGAGAGGCCAGAGCCCGAGGGGAGGUGGGCCCCACAGACCUGCGGCCCAGCUGAAGUCCGGUGCGGGCAUGGGGUGGGGGUGGGGGCCGCCCGUGGGCUGGCGCUGUGCCACCCACCAAGGUUCUGGCCCCUCUAAUGACUACGUGUGGCCACCCCCCACCCACAUGCUCUGUGAGCAGCAGGCCCCGUGGGGAACCUUGGCCCACCCUGUGCCUGCCAGCACGCUGCCCGCAGGGCAUCAUAGCAGGAGGUCAUGAUGCCCGGUGCAGGGGGCGCUGGCCCUGGCUCCCAUGGUACCCCUCCUGUGACCUCACUCUUAAACCACCUCUACCAGUGGGACUUGGGCCGGGCUGCUGACAACAUCCAGGCUGCCAAGGUGGCCGAGGGUUGGAGGGCUUUCUCCUCACAGGCUACACAGCAGACCCUGGAGUCCCUAGACCCCACCUUCCUUGGGCCUCCUGGGGCCUCUGCCCCUUCCUUGCCAGCUCAGACCCCUCGGGGGUGAGGGCAGCCCCACCCAGGGAUGGGGACAUGGUGGCCCUGGGAAACGGGCCUUCAAUCUCCAGGAGGCCAGGCGCAGGUGGGAGCGAGGCUGGAGGGCAAGCCGGAUGGCCUCCUUGGAGCAGUGGCCGGCCUCGGGGCUGCCGGGGCUGGUGUGACCACAGAGCCCCAUCCUGCAAGGCCCAUCACCUACUGGCAAAGAGCCAGGACCCUCAAGACCAUCCUCGGGCAGGCUGGAGGGUGCAGCCGGCCCACCUCGGCCCAGACAGGAGAGCUGCACCUGGGAUUCUAUCCAAACCCCAAAUCGGAUGCUAGAGAGCCACACUUUAGGGGAGAAAAGUUACUUAAAAAAUAAAAUCACUUCCUAAAAUAAGGGGGGGAUGCAUGGAGCCUUGAAUCUAACCAACUUUCUUCUCAGCUGAAAGCGAAGCUCUGGGCCCUCCUGUGCCUCAGGGGACUGCGUUUGGGGUCUAGGGGCCCGUCACCAAGGACGCAGCAAUUCCUCCGAAAGGGGUCAACCUGCGUAAGGGGCCCAGACUCAGCAACAACUGUGAAGAGUUCGGGGCUCCUUUCCUGCGGAGACUGUGCCAGGCAAGUGGCACGCAGGCCAGAGUGCCGCCACCAGCCACCUCACAGGAAGGCACAGGCUCCUGGUGCUGCCUGGCCGCUGCCACAGCCUCACCCUGCAACCAUCGGCGGCUUCCCACCUGGGCCCUCGGGCCCGCGUUGUGCUGGAGCUGUGCGUGCAGGGCUUCAGCAUCUCGGGCUUUCAGAGGUUUUCCCUUUAUACCUACAUGUGCUGCCAUAAUCCUGGAACCUCUACACUUGUUUGUGUAAUCUAUUGGGUUCUCAGCUCGCCUUCCAAUAAAACCUCCCAGUUUGAAGA